GACGGGCGGCGGUCUGACGAUGGUCUGACGGUUGUGAUAUAUUAGUUAAAAUUGUGAUAAUGCUAGCGUAAAAUACUAUUUAAAUCGAUCAUUCAACCAAAAUAUGUUGCGAUGUCUUCGGUUCAUUAAUUAAUGACUCACCUUUUAUCAGUUAUGUGAUAAAACCGCAUCGUAGUGCACGGCUCCAGACCUAAAGAAAUCAGUCGAUAUUAUGUGGCCGGAAAAUAAAAGAGAUAUCGAAAUCCUACAAUUAUGAUGCCUAUGGUGUAUACGGUUUACGGUUUUGCUAUAUUUUUUAUGAUCGCGUGGGUCUGCCUGUGGUUAAUUCACAUAAUGGCUCUCUCGUACUGCAAGUGGAAGCUGCACCGGAGCGUGGAGCGGGCCCCACCGGAGCAGCCCUACCUCGGCGUCUCUAUACUGAAGCCGCUCACCGGCGUGGAUCCGAAUCUAUUCUCCAACUUGGAGACGUUCUUCACCCUGGACUACCCGACGUACGAGCUGCUGUUCUGCGUGGAGAGCGAGCACGACCCCGCCGUGAUGCUCGUCAACAGCCUGCUGCAGAAGUACCCGCAGACGGACGCCCAGCUCUUCGUCGGGGGCGUGAGCGUCGGCGUUAACCCGAAGAUCAACAACAUGCAGCCGGCGUACCUGGCGGCCAAGUACCCGCUCGUGCUCGUGAGCGACUCGGGCAUCCGCAUGCGCGAGGACACGCUGCUGGAUAUGGUGCAGCACAUGGCGCCGGACGUGGCCAUCGUGCACCAGAUGCCAUUCACGUGCGACGCGGAGGGUUUCGCCGCUGUCUACGAGAAGGUGUACUUCGGUACGGCGCAGGCGCGCAUGUACCUGGGCGCCGACUUCCUCGGCAUCAACUGCCACACCGGCAUGUCUUCGCUCGUGCGCCGCUGCGCUCUGGAAGAGGCGGGCGGCCUGGCCGCCUUCGGGGAGUACCUGGCCGAGGACUUUUUCAUGGCGAAGGCCAUCGUGGCGCGGGGGUGGAGGAUGAGGGUGGCGUCGCUGCCUGCGCUGCAGAAUUCGGGCGCCAAAUCGGUGGGCGGGCUGCAGGCGCGGCUGACUCGUUGGGCGCGGCUGCGCAUCGCCAUGGUGCCGACGACGGCGCUGUUGGAGCCGCUGAGCGAGUGCCUGCCCCUGGGCGCGGGCGCGGCGUGGGCGGCGGGCGUGCUGUUGGGCGCGGAGCCGCUGCCGUUCUUCCUGGUGCACGUUCUGGUGUGGUUCCUGUCGGACUGGCUGAUGCUGCGGGCGGUGCAGAAUGGCUCGCCACCUUUCACCAAGGUGGAGUUCCUGCUGGGGUGGGUGUGGAGUGAGUGUUGUGCCCCUUUCGUGCUGGCGGCGGCGUUACUCAACUGUGAGAUUUCGUGGCGGACUCGUACGUACAGGCUGGACUGGGGCGGGCGAGCCCAUGAACUGAAACCCAAACUCAAAUUCUAAGUCCCUCCCCUUGUUUAUAUGAAGCUUUAAUUUUAUGUACAAUAUUAGGACCGAGCAAAACAGAUAUAUAGUGCGAUGGAUUUAUAUUUUUAGCAUUAAGUUUUUUAUUUAAUUUAUAGUUUUGUAGUGACCUGCGUAUGAUUGUUGUUUUGUAGGUUUGUACAUUUUAAAAUAAUUUGUAAUAAAAUGUUGAUUGUUUAUCUACUGAGUAUUUCAUAGUACUAUGUACUAUUUAUACAUAUUGUGCAAGAUAAAAGCAACUAUAACAGAGACAACCAUCAUUAAAGGGAUGAGAAACUCUAGUAAAUUAUUGGAUAAUUGAAUGAAUGGAUAAUUGGGCUUUCACUCAAAUAAUUACUUUAAUCACUUUUUUUUAUAUAAACAAUUGUCACUUUACUAUAAUAAUUGGUUUAAGUUGUAACACUUUUCCUUUUGAUCAUCUAGAUUUUUUAAAUCUUCAAAAUAAUAUGUCAUAAUAAAAGUGUUAGGGACUAUCAGCAGGUCCCGUUGUCAAUUAGUUUCUACUGCAGUCCUACCCUGCAGGCUGCAGCAACUCAUGAUCACAUAAACUAUUAGUAUUGAACAAUGAACAUAUAAAUCUGUUGUAAAUGUUAGCAGACAAUUUUAUUUAUUACUUUGAAAUUAGAAUUGAUUGCAUCUACUACCUACGCAGCUAUGGACUUAUAAUAUAAUAUUUUGGUUACUAGUUACUACUAUUACUAUUUUGGUUCGGGGAACUUGUGUCCAUACUGCAUACUCAUAUGUAUAGGGUGGGCUCCACCACUGUAGAGAAGCAUCUUGUGACUCAUUCGUUGACGUAUGUGAGUAAACGAGUCUACCGCAUUAUGAAUCACCUUAUCUGGCUGAUAAACUCCUAUCACAAUACUGUUUAUUUUUAUCAAAUUGAUCGCGACUGCCAUAUAUAAAAAAAAGUUUCUCCAAACUACAAGGGUUAUAAUAUGUAAUUAUGUACAAUGAUUAUGUAAAAUAAGGAUAUUUUCUCAACUUUUAUUUUAAUGUUACUUAAAAAUACGAUAGAUGUCCAAGAAUCCGCGAUCGAAGGAAAUACAAUAGUAGUAAAAUUGUGCUUGCAAAACGAUGCCUAUUGUAGAAAUUAUAAUUUUUAUGGAAAAAAAUUUGUUUAAUAACUUAUUUUACUUACAGAACCGAUUAUUGUAAGGGCCAGAAAUUAUGCUACUUACCACUGACAUAAGUUCUACGUAGUACGUACUUAUAACCUCAGUGCUAAUUGCUAAAUAAAGCUGUGUAUUAAAAAAUGUGCUGGAUGCUGACCAUUGCUUGUGGUUUAUUUGUAUAUAUUGUCCCGGCUUCUGUUGUAGGAGGCCGCAUCUGACAGCUACAGGUGUUGUGGGUUCAUUUUCAAGGUCCGGACCGCAUAAAUGUGAUUUGUUUCUUAAUAAUAAUUUUAAAUCUUAAUGACUGUUGUAAACUUCUCAACAAUUUGUUACAGGGUGAUUUAGCAUAAAUUAACAAAUUUUAGUUUAUAUUUACGUGCCUUUGGAUGUUUGUUUUUGUUUUUGGUCUCGGUCUAAGGUGGGACCAAAAAUACUUCCUAAUUAUUUGUUAAACAAAGACUGGGCUGACAUUAUCCGAAGGCGCUCACUUACAGUGCCAUUUAUUUUGUAUCACAACGUAACCUUGAAAUUAUAAUAAGUAUUAGGUACCAAUAUUUAUUAUUGCCGAUAAUAACAAUUAAUAAGUUACAUCUAAAAUUAUGUAAGUAUAAUAAUUAUUGUAUCGUGUUGUAUCCAGUCUCAAUCGUGAACUGGGGGGUUAGUAAGACUAAUGAUAUUUUUCCGUUUUUACAAGACAUGCGUGAAGUAAUAAUACCUAUAGUUUACAUAAAGUAUAAUGUAAUAUCGGCCUUGAACAACAUAAAUGUAAUAAACAUCUACUU